GGCACAAUGAAACCGGCACAGCAGAGCGCACGGGAGAUGAAUUGUGCUGGUGAAAUAAAUUAUUGUUUGCUUAAUUACUUUCUGCAGCCAAGACGGUACUACUGCCACUACUACUGACGCCGAAUGGUGCUAGUGCGUUGCGAUAAUGGUGAACCCAUCGGCACUUUUCCGGGAAAUGUUGCCCGCUUUCGGAAGUUUGGUUUGUCUGGUGCGGCGGUUCGGUGUAGUGGUCGCCUCUCUUUUUUUGUUUAAAGAUGCUGCCGGUACACGGUUUGGCGCAAGAAAUGGCAACAACUUAGUGCUUAAUUAAUUUAUUCUAACUUCGAUAGCGAUUCCCGUUAAUUGAUGGCGGAACUGACGGGCUAGGCGGUCAUUCUCUUCCUUCAGGCGAGCUGGCGGGAUACUGACAGAUGGCGCAGUGGUGGUGAACACAUACAAAAAAAAAACACAAUAAUAGUAGGUCGUGGACCUAGGACAGUACACAGGGUGACGACAGGGUGCGAGAUAAGGAAUGCAAAGCAAACACGACAUCAAGAACACUUCCAAUCACACAAACCAUGUACAGUGCGGAUUGUGAGUUUGUGUGUCAUGGAGCGCAGUGCAUAUUGCAAAACGAAGUGGUUUGAUUUUUGGAACUGAUAAGUAAUCCCUACAGAAUGUUUCCAAACAUGCUUCGUGCACUGUUAAUUGUGAUCGCUUUCGGUGCGUCCCGGGCCGGAUUGCUGGACUGGUUUCGUGGCGAGGACGAGCUAGAGGGCCAUCGGAUAGGCAAGAUUCACAUCGAAGUCCUCUCACCGAAAGGCAUUCGGCUGUGGACGGCAUACAACCCCGACACGGAGCUGUUCGGUGUGGAGCUGUACGUGAAGUAUUACGGUGGCCGGACGGAGGCGCUCGACUGUGCACUGUGUCAGAAUGUUACCGAACCGGUGGACGGGAAGUUUAUGCUGGAAGAUCCUAACCUAGUGGCCCGCUUUGGUGAUGUUCUCCAGUACACGAUCAUCACGUUUGACGGCACCACGACGAUGCGUCAUGCCGCAAGACGACAGUUUGUGCGAGAGGAGCUUAUCAAACCGAACGAUCGGUGUUUCUGUGGCGCGCGCAAGCUACCCGAACCGCUGCAGGAUGCACCAAUGUCCGAGGUGGAGCUGCUGGAACGCAUCAUACUACGGGCGUUGGGCAACCGUAGUCGGGAGUGUGAGGCGAUCUCGAACUGGCUCGUGCUAAGGGCGGAACCUCGCAACGAGCAGGCCGAUUUGCUGGAGUACGUGCGAACCUAUCUGGAUCUGUUGCUGUUGCGUGCGAAAUGGCGCACACUGGAUGCUGGCGGGACGGGCUGGACAAGUUCCCGGCCGUCGGAGCUGGUCGUGGAGGUGGACGAUCAUCGGGAUGGGAUUGCGUUUCAGGUGCGGUCCACUAUCGAGAAGCUGAAGCUGCUGGAACUGAUGAGAUUUAGCGGGAUGAUAGAGGACUACGAUGGUGUUUUAUAGGUCGUUAAGGAUAAAGUAGUAGAGGUAUAAGGUAGUUAGUAUAGCUUGGAACAAUGUCAAUAAAUGGAUAAGCAGACUUAUUAGUAUAA